AUACCCUUCGCGGGACAAUCUUGCCGCUACGUUGUCUUCUUCCUUCUACUCAAAGCUCGCACGAUUCCGUAAUUGAAUGGCAGAAAAAGCGACCGGUUCGCCGGCGAGCUUCGUCGACCAAUCAGUAGUUCCAGGCGAUGUGGUUCUUGACCUCACCAGCAUGGCUAACCAGACCAUCAAGCUCGGCGGGGGUCUUCGCCAGGAUUGUGAUGCAAUAACUGCGAUGAAGGCUGGGACUUUGAAGUUUUCAAAGCCAAACAAAUAUUGGGUCGAAACCUCUCAGAAAAGGUAUGUGCCUUGUGCGGGGGACUCUGUUCUUGGAAUUGUGGCGGACUCUAAAGCAGAUAAUUUUCUGGUGGACAUCAAAGGACCUACAAUUGCAUUUUUGCCUGUGCUUGCUUUCGAAGGAGGAACCAGGAGAAACGUACCAAAGUUUGAGGUGGGUACAUUGCUUUAUGUCCGGGUAGUGAAGGCAAACCCUGGCAUGAAUCCUGAGUUAUCAUGCAUUGAUGCCAGUGGAAAAGCAGCAGAGUAUGGUCCCCUUAAGGGUGGCUACAUGUUUGAAUGUUCAACUGGCCUUCCAAGAAUGCUGCUGAGCUCACCAAGAUGUCCAGUUCUGGAGGCGCUUGGGAAGAAUAUUUCCUUUGAAACAGCAAUUGGUUUAAACGGCCGUGUUUGGGUCAAUGCUGGUUCACCAUCUACGGUGAUCGUUGUUGCUAAUGCAAUUAUGAAUGCAGAAUCUCUGAGUGGCGUGCAGCAGAGAAUUAUGGUGGAUAAACUUAUUCAGAAUUUGAAGUUAUCAACAUGACAAUUCAAGAAGGGCAAGCAUUGUAGCUGUCAAACUCGGCCUGUUACACAGAAGACGUUUUUUCAUGAAGGUUAAAGAAGACACCGGAAUCCAGUGAUCACAAUCUCAUAUGCUAAAAUGAUAUUUAGGAUGAGCCUUCUAAACCAGUAGAGAUGUCUAGGAACUAUGUCUUAACUCCAAAUUUUGUUAAUUAGCUUUAUAGCUUAGAAGUAUACUGUUUAUUUAAGCGGCGGAUUUCAUCAUGUAAAUUGAGAAUGUGCCUAUGUAUUUUGAAUUCACAAAUGCAAUUCGACUUGUGCCACAUUAUUCAA